AACACUAACUGUAUGCUAUUAUAAUUGUCAUAAAUAUACAUGACAUGAAGCGGUCCUGAUUGAAGUAGGUUUCAGAUAUAACUAAAUUUUUGCAAGUGCGCCGUAGAGCAAAAAUAGGUGGUGUGCACUGUUGUUCGGGCUAACCCAAGGAUUGCAACGAUGUGAUGUUUUUGAGUCUACAGUUAACGGUUUAGACUGAUUCUCAGUUUAGACUGAUGUUGUGCUCGCUGUGUGAAGACGUUUGACCAAACUGUUGAGACAUGUGUCCUAGUAACUACAAACUGUUGGGUUGAAUAUCAAAGUGUGUCUGUUUGUGGACAUAAAUAUGUUUUUAGAUUUGUGGAGUAAAGUUAUAGUUUUGUUGGACAGGAAGUCGAGAGGCAUGUUGAUACUCGUGCUAUUAUAAAUUCAAUAGGAAUUCUGGAAUUCUUGUUUAUUAUUCAGUUAAACCCAUUUGAAGUGAAGUCUUUUAAUUUGCAUUCACAGUAUUGCUAUUAUGACAGAUCUUCAAUUAAAACAUGGACAAUACAAUAUCCGUCUCUCGCGCGCCUCUUCAGUGGUGACAUCACCAGUCAGAGUUGGAUCUGGAGCUGUUGAAGAGCUGUUGUUAUUUCUGGUGUGAAGCCGCGAGGAGUGUGUGUGUGUGUGUGUGUGUGUGUGUGUGAGAGAGAGAGAGUCUCUCCCUGUGCACGCGUCACGAGCGGCGGAGCUCGCGGGAUGGACGCGUCGGCGCGGCGCUGAGCGGCUCCGGGAUGCGGCGGUGUGCGACGCUUCUGAUCAUCGCGCUGACGGCGGGCACGAGCGUGGCGCUGCAGAUCCAGUGCUAUCAGUGUGAAGAUGUUCGGCAGGAUGACUGCUCCUCACCAGAGUUCAUUGUUAACUGCACCGUUAACGUGCAGGACAUGUGUCAGAAGGAAGUGCUGGUCAUGGAGGAUGGGAUUCACUACAGGAAGUCGUGUGCGUCGUCAGGGGCGUGUCUGAUCGCGUCGUCGGGGUAUCAGCAGUUCUGCACGGGGAAGCUGAACUCUGUCUGCAUCACCUGCUGCAACACAGCGCUCUGCAACGGCCCACGACACAAGAGACGAGCGGCAUCCCACACCUGCAGACCCUCCAUCAGCCUCUACACCAGCCCACUGCUCAGCCUCAUGCUGCUCCACCUGUGCUCACACUGACACGCCAUGUAUAGACAAAAGAUGCAGUGUCAGUCCUGACUGAAACACCUGACAGAGCAGUGAACUGUUUCUUCACACACGUAUGACUGUAAACCCCCCACCAUGAACAGGUCUGCUCUCACAGACUCAUGUGUGCGUCUCUCAGUCGCUGUUUUAGGAGUAUGUGAAUCCUGCGGUGCUGAACAUUCAUCAGUACACUUCACACACAAACCAGUCCUAUAAUCCUCAAGCGUUUGCUUCCUCGGAUCCGUAUCUUCUGUGGUGUUGGUGUUCAUCACGUGUCUCUGGUUCUCCAGCUUCUUCUGCUCUUCAGUGACUGAGAUGUUGAGAUCAUUGUGAGGAUGGGAACUCCUGAAGAUCUGAUCGCUGGAGAGGUGUUUGUCUGGUGUCACUCUCAUGUAGCUUCUGAACACAAAUAAGUCAUUUCAUCUCUUAUAAUAGUAUGAAUGCAGAGGGUUUCUAAAGGUAAAUAUAUGCUUAUACAUUAAGAACCAGUCAACUCUCUGGAAAAUAUCUGAUUGAACAUAUAUUUAAUCAAAUGUGUUGAAUUACAUCUGUCUGAGGGAUAAUAUAUUGAGUCACUGUCUCAAAAUAAUGGCUACUCAAAUAUAUAAAAUCAUGGACAACACAUUGAUUUGAGUUGAGUUCUUAUCUGACUUCACGGCCAUAAAGUGCUGUUAUUUCUCAGUAGUUUUGUCUGCUUUCCAGCAAAAAUGUCUUAAAGGAACAUUUCACUUUUUUGAAAAAUUUUCCAUCUCUCCCCAGUUGAAUUUCACUGUUUUUGAAUCCAUUCAGUUGAUCUCUGUGUCUGACGGUAGCACUUUAGCUUAGCUUAGCAUAAAUAAUUGAAACUGAUUAAACUGUUAAGCAUCUCGCUCAAAAUGACCAAAGAGUUUCUAUAUUUUUCCUAUUUAAAAUUCUGUCUUUUCUGUAGUUACAUCGUGUACUAAGAUGGAUAUGAAAUGAAAAGGUGCAUUUUUCUAGGCUGAUAUGGCUAUGAACUAUACUCUCGUUCAGGCGUAAUAAUCCAGGAGCAGUGCUGCUGUACCAUGAGUUCAGCAGAUAUCACGGAGCCUGAACAUAGUCCCUCCCCAGCAUCUCUGCAACUACACAAACUAGCUGGAACUAUCUUCAGGUGCUGUGUAAUAUCACUGCGCCUGCUGAACUCAUGGUACGCUAAGCUAAAAGACCCGCGGAUCAGCUGAAUAGAUUCAGAAAUGCUAAACUGUUUA